AUGGAUCAAGAGCUCAUCCAGCUUCUCUCCGAUACCCAGAGCGCCGCGGCGGAAACUCGAAAGGCCGCAGAGGUUCGCCUGCAGAGCCUCUACUCGAACGAGAGCUUCCCCCUAUCCCUCGCCUCGAUAGCUUCGCACAGCUCGGUUCCUGUUCCCUUGCGCCAGUCCGCCCUUGUCCUCCUUCGUACGUUCAUCAAUUCAGCAUGGUCCUCGCAGCUCGACGAUUUCAAGGGCCAGGUCCUGGUCAGCGACGCGAAUAAGGCACAUCUCAGGCGCGUUCUUCUUGACCUAGCUACAUCUCCGGAGCAGGAUGACCGCAAGGUCAAGAACUCAGCCAGCUUGGUCGUCAGCCGUAUUGCCAGCGCUGACUUCCCAGAGGACUGGCCCGAGAUUCUACCCACCUUGCUGCAGAUCAUUCCCAACAGCACAGAUGCACAACUCCACGGUGCCCUGAAGGUCCUGUCUGACCUCGUGGAGACUGGGUUCAGUGAAGAGCAGUUCUUCAAGGUGGCUAGAGAGCUUGUGUCGACCGUGUUCAACGUUGCGACCAACGCCUCGCGCAAACCGGUGCUGCGGGCACUCGCUGUGUCCACUUUUAGAGCCUGUCUUGAUACUUUGGAGAUGGUCCUUGAGCAGCAUAAGAACGAGGUUAAACAAUUUAUGGACGAGGCUCUGAACGGAUGGCUUCCAUUCUUUAUUGCUACCAUCAAGGAACCACUCCCUCCUAUGCCCUCAGAGGAAGACGAAGCCACAGAUGCUCCUGGCCCACAGCAAUGGCGUGGUGUUAUUGCCCUGAAAUCACAGGUUGUUAAGACCAUUAUGAAAGUUCGAUCUGUGCUGCCAUCCCUCCUCACAACUCAAAGCACCACUCUCUUCCAUACUAUUUGGACUGAGUUGACUACGAUUCAAGACGCAUACCAACAGCUCUACAUUCAAGAUGAGAGGCAGGGUCGUCUCGAAGAUGCAGAUAAUCUUCCAUACACACUUGACUUCUUGGUUCUUGAAGAGUUGGACCUUAUGCAGGCUUUGCUCCGCGCGCCCCCAGUCAGAAUCGAGCUGGAGAACCAAUUGAAACUAUCCGGAGCUACCUCGUCUACAAGCUGGCUUCCUGAGAUGAUGAAACUGGUUAUAUCAUAUGCCCAGAUCACUACUGAAGAGGAAGGUCUGUGGGAUAUUGACGUCAACUUGUACCUUUCUGAGGAGACUUCCGUUACUGCAAACUACACUCCUAGAACUUGCGGUGGUGACCUUGUCAUCAGACUAGGAGAGUGGCUCAAGCGUACUGUCGUUGAUGGCCUACUUGCAUACACGAAUGUUCUCUUUUCGGACCCCAGCACUGGGUAUGUACCUCCCCCUCACAGUUGA